AUGCGAGACAACACGGAAGGGUCUUUGGAAGAGCGUGUAGCCGCCUUCAAGAGUGAUCCAGACAAACUUCGCCAAGCAAACGAAUUUGUAGAACAAGUCAUUCAGCAUGCUAAGAAAGAGGUAGAAGUUAUACAAAAAGCGAAAGAGGGAAAUAAAUUCGAAUCACAAGAUCAAGGACCCGGCUCUAGUAACAGAUUUGCCAAGCACGGCUACGCAGCUCACAUAUUCCCUAAAGAUUGUAACAUUUUAGGGGAAGACGACAUUUAUUAA